AUGGGUAGUUUAUUUUCUUGUUUUCAAUCGAAAAUUCCUCAAUCGUUAACAACACAAGAAAUAAAUAUAUUAUCAUUAAAAACAAAAUUACAUCCUAAAGAUAUUCAAGAAUGGUAUUUACGUUUUGUUCAUUGUUAUCCAUAUGGAUUUUUAACACGUCAACAAUUUAUUAAAUAUUAUCAACAAUUACUUGAUGAACAUAGUAUAAAAAUAAAAGGUUUAAUAAAAGAAUUAUUUGAUGUAUUUGAUUUAAAUAAAGAUGAUAAAUUAGAUUUUUCGGAGUUUUUAUUACUUAAUAUAUUAACUAAUGAUGGAUCAAUAGAUGAUAAAUUAAAUCUCAUUUUUUUAUUAUAUUAUAAUAAAAAAGGAAAAACAAUGUCGCGAGAUGAAUUAAAAGAAUUUUUAAGAAAUAUAUUUGAUCUAUUUGAUAUUCCAUCAUCAAAAAUUCAUAUAAAUCAAGUUAUAAAUAAGAUUUUUGAAAAAAAUUCUCUUAAUAAACAUGAUAGAAUAGAAUGGGAUCAAUUUGUUAAAGAAAUUCUUAAUGAUGAUACUUUAUUUCAAGAAUUAAUUUCAUUAGAUUUUAAUCAAGAUUAUUCUCAACAUUAUUCAUUUAUUCAAACGUAUCAAACAUUUUAA